AUGAGGAGCCACAGCCCCCAGGGACCCUGCGUCCUGCUCUUCCUGCUGCUGCUGCUGCUUCCUCUGCCACCUUUUAGAGCAGGAAGACUUCGGUACCGUGGACCUGGCUGGAGAAUCCUCAACCGCCUGGCCAUGGGCUCCAGGAGGGCCCACCACCGCAGUGGCCUCGGCCGGGGGCCGCACUGGCGCCAGGCGCAAGAGGGAGAGGGUCACAAAUGCAAGGGUUCAUUUGACCUCUACUUCAUCUUGGACAAGUCUGGCAGCGUGAACAACAACUGGGUUGACCUUUAUCUGUGGGUGGAGGAAACAGUGAAGAGGUUCCAAAGCCCGAGUAUACGGAUGUCUUUUGUCACCUACUCCACGGACGGUGACACCGUCUUGGCGCUCACCUCAGAAAGCAAGAAAAUAAAGGAGGGUCUUCAGAGGCUUGAGAAAAUUGUUCCUGAAGGACAUACAUACAUGCAGGCAGGAUUUAGAAAGGUAAUUCGGCAGAUGGAAAUGAACAACUACGGAAACAACAAAGCUACCAGCAUGAUUAUUGCUAUGACUGAUGGAGAACUAGUGGCAUUUGCAUUUCGGGACACUCUUAUAGAAGCUGAAAAGGCUCGGAAACUGGGGGCCAACAUUUACACCGUGGGUGUAGCUGAUUAUAAUCUGGACCAGAUAACAGCAAUUGCAGACAGCCCUGACAACGUGUUUGCGGUGGAUAACGGCUUCAAGGCCAUGAAAGACACCGUUGAUUCCCUCACCUCAAAGGUCUGUAUUGACGUGACAUCGGUGGAGCCUCCCACUGCGUGUGUAGGAGAACUGUAUGAAGUGCUUAUUUAUGGAAAUGGCUUUCAGAAUCUAAAGAAACCGAAAGAAGUUAUUUGCAGAUUUAUCUUCACCCAAAGCAAAAUCAUUGAUGAACAGCCAAUGCAGAUCAACCCGAAUUCCAUGACUUGCCCUGGGCCAAAACUAGAAACACCUGGAGAGAAGUUCUUAAUUGAAGUCAGCUUGAACGACGGUGUCUCAUUCUUCAAGAGCAACGUCAGCGUCACGGGCACCACAUGUGGCUUUUUCAGCAACUGGAUGUAUUUUCUGCCGCUCCUGGGGCUGCCACUGCUGCUGUGUUGUCUCUGGCCGCUGUGCCGCAGGAAGACUGUCAAGGAGCCAGAACCUGUGCAGAAGCCGAAAGAGGAGCCAGAGCCGGAGAAACCACCACCUCCACCUCCACCACCACCACCACCACCUCCGCCCCCGCCUCCGCCCCCGCCUCCGCCCCCGCCUCCACCCCCACCUCCUGGAAACACCUGCCCCACUGUGAUUGUUUGCUGCUCUGGGUGCCAACAAAUGUGCGGGAUGAGAGGGAUAAAGGGCAAUCUGGAUACCUUUGGUGACCUCUGUCACCCAGACUGCAGUCAGGUGCCAUGGAUAUGGUGUCAGCACAGGGACCAGGGGAGGUGCCUCAGCUUAGGCCUUGCACAGUCCCAAUGCGUACAGGCUCCCUGCUGCCCGGAGAUCUGCUUUCCACUCAGCCAGGAGUUCCUUCCCCCACCACAGGCUCCCUGCAGCCCAAGGAUGUGCCUGAGACACAGCCAGGAAUGCCUCGCCCUUAAACAGGCUCCCUACCGCCCAAGAAUGUGCCUGAGACACAGCCGGGAAUGCCUCGCCCUUAAACAGGCUCCCUGCAGCCCAAGGAUGUGCCUGAGACACGGCCAGGGGUACUUUUCCCAAGCACAAACUCUGUGCAAACCAAAGAGCUGCCUUCCACCCAGCCGGAAGUGCCUCCCCCUCACCUGCUCCUCCAGGUGUGGCCACCUCCCCGCUAGGUGCUCCAGGCCUCCCUCCAGGAUGCUGCCACUGCUCCCCCCACUGUUCGGGCACAGUGCACAACCCCCUUUGUCUGUCCCUCCCUCAGAGCCCAACUUCUAA